AAAAACAAAAACAUCUUCCGCAACCCUAAAAAUUCUCUCUCCUCAUACACAACUUCCGCCUUCAACCGUCGCAGUUCGAAAUGAAGAAGAAGAAGCAAACUUCCGAUGCCCAAGUGGUCGCUGCCGAUGACUCUGCCGACGACAAAGACUCUUCCGCUAUUUUCGCUAACAUUAAAACUUUAGUCAAAGACCACGCUAACUUCUUUGAUAAGCUCGUGGAGCUAAUUCCGGCGAAGUUCUACCUCCCGACGAACGACGACGAUAAGCCGUGGUUCCAAGGGUUAUCCAAAGCAGAGAAAGCGGAAGCGAAGCUGAAAUCAAUUGAAAAUACAAAGAAAUCGAGACGUGAGCGAUUAGACCCUGAGAAAUCCUCCAAAUCAACCCUAGAUUUGUUGAAGGAGUCAUUGAAGAGGAAACAACCGGAGAAGAAAGCGUCUAACAGCGAUGUCGAUGGUGAUGGUGAUGAUGGUGACGACGACGGUUUGAAUUUGAGAAACUUGGAGGAUGAUAAGAGGUCUGUGACUUAUGAGGAGCUGAGGCAGAGAUUGCAUAGGAGGAUUGAGGAGCUACGAGCGGGCCGAGGUGAUGGAAGCGGCGAGGGAAAGAGGAGGAAGGCGGAAAGGAGAGAUAUGAAGGAUGGGAGGAAGCGCAAGUGGAAUGACGGGAAAGAGGAUAAUGAGGAGGUGAAGGAGAAGGAGAAGAGAGAGAUUGAAAGAGAUAUUGAGAAGGAAGUUUCAGAGGCUGCUAAAGGAAUUGAGUUUGGGAAGGUGAAAUUAGCAGCUUCUAGUGAUGAUGUACUGAAUAAAAAGAAGAAGAGGAGAUUAUCGAAGGAGAAGGAGUUACAAAGAGCACUUAAGCUGGAAGAGGAAAUGAAGGAUCCGGAAAAGGGUGACGAAGUGGCAAAGAGGCAUUCUUGGAAGUCAGCCAUUGAGAGGACUAUGGGAACUAAAGUGCAUGAUAAUCCCAAGCUGUUAAAGAAAAGUUUACUUAAGGAUAAGAAGAAGCAUACCAAGAGCGUUGAGAAGUGGAAGCAGAGGGUUGAUACUACUGAGAAGAUGAAGAAAGGGAAGCAGGAUAAGAGAAAAGAAAAUAUUAAGUCCAAGAUGGACAAAAGGAAGCAAUCAAAAAUUGAUAAGAGAGAAAAGAAGCUUAUGAGGCCAGGGUUCGAGGGCCGCAAAGAGGGCUUUGUUACAGGGAAGUAAGGUUUGCAAUAGAGUUUUAGUUAUUAUGUAUUCCAACUUGUCACUCCUAAAAAAAGAUUCAACUAGUGAUGGUUGUAGUUAGUUAAGGGGGAUGGGGAGAAUCAAGCUUUUGAUCUUUUAUUUUUUUUGUUGUUAAAGUCCAAUCAUUUUUAAUGAAGUUUACUAUUUCUUGA